UACCCUUACAUUUACAAAGCUACCCUUCCAGAUCUUGCUCCCCCUUGAUUCCAGACGCCUCAUUCCAAUUGCUUUCUCUUUAAAUUUUCACAGUUUCUGCUCAAUCGGACGUCCCAUUUGAAAAUUUGCCGUCAAUGAGUGGCAAUUAAGAGUUUAACACAACCCUCGCACCCAAUCCAAUAUAUGCUACAGUACUACUAAGCUGAAUAUAUACGCAUAGCCUAGCUGGGAUCUAUCAGCAUCUAUAGAGUCAGAGUUGCUGGUAGUAGCAGUAGUGAUAUGGAUUCUUCGUCAAGAGCAACCGACGAUGUUGUAGUUGAAGCAGGACUAGAUGAGCAAGAAGAGCAACGCUUCUCGUACGCGAUGCAACUGGUCAGCUCUGCAGCGCUGCCCAUGGUGCUGCUGGCUGCCAUCCGGCUCGAUGUGUUGGAGGUCAUUGCCCAAGCGGGUCCAGGUGCCCAAUUGUCGCCUUGGGACAUUGCAGCCCAGGCGUGUCCUAAAAACCCUGAUGCGGCUGCUAUGCUGGAUAGGAUGCUGCAGCUCCUGGCUAGCUACUCGGUGCUCACCUGCUCUGUUGCCGAGGCGGAUGCUAGUAUCAGUAGCCGAAGAAGAGUGUAUGGAUUGGCACCGGUGGCCAAAUACUUUGUGCAGAAUAAAACAUAUGCAGCAGGAGGAGGAGGAGUUUCACUAGGCCCCCUGCUGGCCUUGCUUCAGGAUAAGGUCUUCAUUGACAGUUGGUACCAAUUAGAAGAUGCAGUUCGUGAAGGAGGAGUUCCGUUUGAUAGGGUACAUGGUGUACAUGCGUUUGAAUACCCUGCUAGAGAUCCCAGAUUCAAUGAGGUCUUCAACAAGGCAAUGAUCAACCCCACAACUAUUGCCAUUAACAGAAUCGUUAAACGCUACAAAGGUUUUGAGCACCUCAAAACUUUGGUAGAUGUUGGUGGUGGGCUUGGAGUUACCCUCGGCGUGAUCACAGCUAAAUACCCAAGUCUCAAGGGUAUUAAUUUUGAUUUGCCACAUGUUAUCCAACAUGCACCGGUCUAUCCUGGGGUAGAACAUGUUGGAGGAGACAUGUUUGACAGUGUUCCACAAGGGGAUGCCAUUUUUCUGAGGUCGAUACUUCAUGAUUGGGAUGAUGGUCGUUGCUUGAAGUUGCUAAAGAACUGUUUCAAGGCUCUACCAAAGGAUGGAAAGGUAAUAGUUGUAGAUGCAAUUGUUCCUGUGGUUCCUGAUACUAGUGCAAGCAUCAAAGUCAUUUGCCAGUCUGAUGUAAUCAUGAUGGCUCAAAACCCUGGAGGAAAAGAGAGAUCCGAAGCAGAGUUUCUUGAUUUGGCUACUGCAGCUGGAUUUAGAGGUAUAAGGGUAGAAUGUUUUGUGUGUAAUGCCUGGGUCAUGGAGUUCUACAAGUAGAUGACUAGUUCAUGGCGCAUUGCACUCUAAAAACAUUCUCGUUUUAUCUUCACUAAUUUUAGAUGGAGAAUUGUCUUUUUUUUUGUUUGGGGGGAGGGGGGAUUGGGGAAGAACGUUUGAUGUUAGUCAUAAUAUUGGGCUUGUCAGAAAAAAUAAUGUGGAUUCUCUUGUUUUGGACUAGACAAAUUGUCAUUGGUAAUCUACCAACCAACCAAUUCUCUAAA